AUUUUCUAGUAGGAGUACUCUUCACAUGGAAAGAUUUAACAGCGUCAGAAAGUGAACAGCUGUGUUCUUAGCUGAUACUGUCGCUCGACAGUUAGGAUGUUUUCUUGAACUUUUGUAACAAGAGGGCUUUCUUGCUUGUCGCUGAAUGGAAUUCCAUCAAACAAUACCUUAUUUCAAGCAUCUUUCAAUGGAGAAGAAAAUCAUAACGCCAAUGUUUGUCUUCAUUUCUUUGCUAAGCCUUGUUUCAGGGGUUACAGGAAAUGAAGUUCCUCAGCCUGAAAAACUGGAUGUGAACGUUUGUGAUGGGGAAGUAACGGUACUUUGGGAACAUCCUGUGAAUCCCCCUUCAAACUACUGGUACAACGUGCAAAUAGCAAUAUAUGGAAACGAGUGGAGAGACGUUUCUCACUGCACGAGAAUUAUGGAGACUCAAUGUGAAAUCACUAAUCUCAUCGAUAAAUAUGAACGCGCCUACGUUGUCAAAGUGAGGCUGGUCACACCACAUAAUCAGUCGAUAUGGACAGCAAAAAAAAGAUUUUACCCAAACAAAAGUGCUUUGCUGCCUCCCUCUUUUACAGUGUUGGCUACUUCCAGCAGCCUCAGUGUCGUUAUUCAGGACAAACCCAUCCUGAAAAAGGUUUUUCCUUAUGGAGUCACCUUCACUAUCUACUUGGAUGAAAUAGGGCCCCAAAAUAAGACUACUACAGCUUACCUGAAAAACAGUGCAUUGGUGGAUCAGAGAAAUAAAAUUUUCACAGGUCUGCAGUGGGGCAGGAAAUAUUGUGUCCGUGCUAUGGUUGAAGGCAAUGGAGCUCUUUACUACAGUAACACAUCAGAGCCUCAAUGCAUGAACCUUCCAGAACAAGAAUGGUUCAUUCUUGCUGUUUCAUCGUUAUCCAGUCUUGGUUUAAUGGUGGCAGUUGCCAUUAUAGGAGGCAUUAUCCUUUGUUAUGUGAAACCUACUGUAAAAACUCCAGCUGCACUGAAAUCCACCAAAAGUGGCUGGAUUCCACUGUCUUUGCCAGAAGGACCUACAGAGGUGGUUACAGACAAAGGAUGGUUCCUGUGGAGGUACAGAGAAGAAAACGGUGCUCAUCUCCCUGUGACAGCAACAGAGGAAGCAAAAGACAACAAAAGGACCAGUGUGAACAGUUGGGUCAGCAUCGAGACAAACUCUGCUGCUGACAGUGGAGGGAGUCCACCAUCAAGACAGGAAGAUAGUGGCUGUGGGAGCAUGAUGGAAUCAGAGAACUCUACCAGCAGUCAGACAGAGUAUCCUCUGAAGGAUGAGAGGACUGCAGCAGAUCUGGUUAGAAAUAGAGAAGACAGUGGGCUGGGAAUGGACAGCCAGCUUGAGCCCUCUUCAAUAAACCUUGAUGGUACGGACAGCGCACAUCUCACUGACACUGUUACCGGUGGCACUUACCUCAGCCAGCGUCCCUCCGUUUCACAAAGCCCCACGUGCAAUGAAGAGAACAAGUUUAGCGAGAUACCAAGAGAGUCUAUUUUGGCAGAGGUGGUGACAGGAUACAGAGCUGGACCACAAUCAUGCAUCUGUUCAGGAGCCGGUCAAUGCAGCUGGUGCCUUAAGUUCAACCACUUUGUAAGGGAGGUAUCUAAACACAGGACUCUGAGCACUCAAAAUGGACAACUGGACAACCAAAGUGACUUGAUGGAUUCUUACAAUGGAAAACUAGUGUUUUCUAGUUAUGCAAGUGAGCCACAAAUGGAAACUGUCAUCAUACAUGAUGGAGAGACAACAAUCUUACACAUGAACAGCACUUUUCCCCUGUUAGCAUCUCUGCCACAAAUGAGCUGUGGACAGGACUUCAACAUGAACAACGUGCCACUCUCUCUGUGUGAUUUGCAGAUGACAGACGACUGACGUGAAUUGGAAUGUAUGAGAACUUUUUUUUCAAAUGAUGCUGAUUCAGCUUGACAUCAUGCCAGAAGAAAACUCCAGCACAAACAUCGGAGCAUGUGAAGAUAUCUGAGGAAUAAGAGGGGAAAUUCAACUGAGAGGAAAAAAACUUGUUGUUGAACACAGGAAGGAAGUCGAUGAAGUGAUGUUCGGCUGUGCAGCUGCUGCCUGCAAUGUUGUUAUAAAUUCAUUGGAGCUUAUAAAGGCAGAAUACGUGCUGAAGCCACCUUGCUUGCCUUACAUACAACUGACUUACUGUUAUACCCCGGAAGCGAAACUCGUGUGGGGAGCUUUGAGGAGAAACUGUUUGACAGCUCAAAACUGCUGAAGAAUUCAGAGUUUCACCCUCACCCACCAUGACACUGCCCACUCUUUGGUGUUCAUAAUGUCCGUGUUUUACAGGAAGAGGGCAGUUUGUCCAAUAGAAUGUAUAUAAUGAGCAAGAUUUCUUGUCAUAAUGUCUAAAGCAUAUUUUGCCUUAAAUUCUAUUUGAUUAUCUUGACUCAACAAGAAACUUUCAUUUCAAAUAACUCAAGUUUAGAAAUGUAUUUGUCUUUUCCCUGUUGAAAAUAUUUAUUUAAAGAUAAAAAUAUUUAAUCAUUGCAUAAGGUCUACUGGUGUCAUACUACAUUUCUCACCUUUUUUGUUACACAUGGUUAAAAGGUGUGUCUUUGGAGUUUCCUCUAACAUUUUAUUUAACUAGACAACCUGCAAAGAACCGAUGAGUAAACUGUUACCAUAACUUUGACCUGAAAACAUGACUGGAGAAAACACAAGGGAAACCCUGAGAGACAGUGGAACAAAACUUUAUGUGUGACAUAAAUAUAUUGGGAUCUCCACAUGCAGAUUAUGUACAGGAACCAGGGCCAUGGUUUCAGUUCUAAACAGAGAAGCAAACACUUCCUCUGUCAAACUUUUACACUUCCACCCAGUUUCAAAAAGUCCCACAUUUCAACAACUCAAAAACAAAUUUACAACAUGUAAAUGGUUUAACAUAAAGUUUAUUUGAUGUGAUAUAUAAGCAUUAAAAAUGUUUUUUUGUUUUUCAUUACUACAUGUAUCCAAAAAUAUGGAAAUUCCCAUUUCUAUUAUCCAUCUUUUUUGACAUUCAGUGAACCUGAUCUACAAAGAUUAUUAUCAGGUCCAGAGGCUUUAAAUUCACAGUUUGCAACAUAUUUAUGUCUACUUAGAAUCAAGACCACAAGUUUCUUAAUAUAAAUGUUAUAUAAAGAAAGAACUUCAAUAAGGGAGCUAAUUUAUGCUGUUUUAGCACCAUUACAUCUUAACACAAUGGAUGACACAGUAGACUAUUGCAGUUGGCUAUUUGUUAUUUGUGCUUAGAUAGAAUAAAAAAUUUUAUUUUAAAUUGUUUUCAACAAAUCCAGGCACAGCAGUUAACUGAUUGUAUUCAGAAGAGUCUAAAAUCACUUGUUGGGUGGAUUUAUAUUAGCUUUUACUUUAAGGCAACUUUGAACCAUUAAACCAGUAAGGAAUAAAGUCUCCAAGGUUUAUUGUAUAAUUACACUUUGCGUUAAAUAUGUGCUCAAAAUUUGUAUUAAAAGAGUUUAAGAAAUA